AUGAAGGGAGUGAAUUGGAAUCCGGUGGCGCUCGGCGGCUUCCACCCUUUUGGCUUAGAAUUCAAAGAGUUUGUUGCAAGAGAUGCACGGCUCAUGGCGGAGGCGGGCGUCAACGUGGUAAGGACCUACGAGCCGGUGACGGAUCCCGCUGUCUUGGACGAGCUGUGGCGCAACGGGAUUCAGAUCCUGAACACCAUCUACUCGCACGCGGGAAAGCCACUAGAGGCAGUUCGAAAAGAGGUGGAUGCCGUCAAGCAUCACCCGGCCCUUUUGAUGUGGGUGGCCGGCAACGAGUGGAAUUACAACGGCUGCUACCUGCAGAUGGAUCUGAACGCCUGUGGGCAGCGCUUGAACGAUGUUGCCCGGCUCGUGAAGAGCUAUGACCCGCACCAUCCAGUGGCCUCGGUCUACGGCGAGGCUCCGCCCAUCGACGUCAUCGAGAAGCUGGACGCCAUCGACGUUUGGGGUGUGAACUACUACGACGAGCUUAGCUUCGGAGACCUCUUCAAACGCUACGCGCAGCGGUCCACCAAGCCGUUCUUCCUCGGGGAGUACGGCGCCGAUGCGUACGAUGCGCGCUUUGCCAGUGUCAACGAGGAUGCUCAGGCGUACGCCACCCGGCUCUUGACGCAGGAGAUCAUGGAGAACAGCGCCAUCUUUCCGGGCGGCAUCUGCUCGGGGGGCUUGAUCUUUGAGCUCGCAGAUGAGUGGUGGAAAGAUGGGGCUGGGAGCCCUGCAGCGCAGGAUACGGGCGGCAUCGCUCCCGGAGGAGGCCCGUUCCCAGACAGAACCUUCAACGAGGAGUGGUGGGGUUUGGUCACGCUUCAUCGAGAACCGAGGAAGGCCUACUUCACGUAUGCCUCCCUCGCCAUUCCGAAGCCGCAGAUGGCUGAAGCCGUCCUCCGGAAAGGUGGCGAGGUGGCAGGCCUCCGCCAGAGUUGCACUCCCCAAGGCUGUACCCUGGUUCCACGGCCAUUGCAGGAGUUUUGCCCUUUGCAGGGCUGCGGACACCUCUUCAAGAAGCGGACAUCGACCAUGGCGAACGCUUCACUGGACCUGGCGGUCCGAGCUGCGGUGGAGCAGGGCCUGCUGGCGCCUCCAAAGACCAUAGAGGACAAGCCCGUGGCCUUGUUCUACGACCUCAAUCUGUGGGAGGCCAACCUCCGCGCGUUGCGAGACGCCUUCCCGGAGCACUGGCUCCACGCCCUGGCGCUGAAGACCAACCCCUUGGCCGCCAUGCUCCGCAUCGCCCGAGACCUCGGCUUCGGCGCCGAGUGCGCCUCCGUGGGGGAGGCGGUCCACGCCCUGAACCAAAGCUUCGCCAACGAGCGCGUGGUCUUCGACUCGCCCUGCAAGACGCGGCCAGAGAUCGAGUUCGCCCUGCGGAACCAGGUCCAUCUCAACAUCGACAACAUGGAGGAGCUGCAGCGCGUGAGCGAGCUGCUCAAAAGCGACGAGGAACUCCUCAAAAGUUUCCAGGACUCGAAAGGCCUCAUUGGUGUGCGCAUCAACCCUUUGGUGGGCGCAGGCACCAUUGCAGCCUUCAGUGUGUCCACGGGCAAGUCCAAGUUCGGGAUUCCGGUGCGUCCGGAUGCUCGUGCCGACUUGGUGGCCCAGCUGGUGGCCUGCGAAUGGGUCAGCUGCAUCCACGUGCACACGGGCUCAGGCGGCAUGGGCCUCUCACAGCUGGUGAGCGGCGUCCGAGUAGCGGUUGACCUCGCCAUAGACAUCAACCGAGCGGCCGGGCGCCCGGCGAUUCAGGUGCUGGACAUAGGCGGCGGGCUUUCAGUGAACUACGCCAGCGACGAGAUGUGCCCAAGCUUCCAGGAGUACUCUGAAGCGCUGCGGAAGGAGGUCCCGGAGAUCUUUCAAACGCCCUCCGCCGGCGGGUUCCGGGUGGUCACGGAGUUUGGCGCUGCCAGCCACGUGAAGUUUGGAUGGCUGGCCUCGCGCGUGGAGUAUGUCAAGAGAAGCGACCAGGGCCAGGUGGUGUUGAUCCACGCGGGCUCGGAGCUGUUUCUAAGGGCCUGCUAUCAGAAAGACAGCUUAGCGCAGCACCGCGUCCGCGUCUUCGACCGAGAAGGUCGGCCACGCUUGGGAGAGGUGGAGGUUCAAGACGUCGGGGGGCCGCUGUGCUUCGCCGGGGAUGUGGUGGCCAAGGACGUUGAGGCGCCCCGGAUCUACGGCGAGGACGUGGUGGUUCUGCUGGACAGCGGCGGCAACACCUUGAGCCUGAAGACUAUGCACUGCAGCCGCCAGCGCCCGGCCGUCUACGGCUUCCGCGUGGAGGGCACCGCUGUGCACUUCGAGCUCUUGAAAGAGGCCCAGACCAUCUCGGACACGCUGGCCAUGUGGUAG